AUGGACCUGUAUUCGGACCGUAGUUGGAUGGCACGACGAAAGUCAAGCACUCAGAUAGGUGCUACGGCUGAAUUUAGAGCCGGUUGCCUAGCAUUUUUGGAGUAUGCAUACAGUCACCCAGAAUGUGUGAAUGAUAGGAAGCAGAUACGGUGUCCGUGUUGGAAAUGCAAGAAUGCUAAAUAUCUGGAUAGAGGCAUGGUAAACUAUCAUUUACUAGUUUCUGGUUUCAUGAGAAAUUACGAAGAAUGUUGGUGGGCACAUGGGCAGAGAAGAGAUGGUAGCUCUAUAGCUCACACUCCAAGCGGUGGUAGUACUCACCGUAUGAAUGAAAUGGUUCAUGAUCUAGCUGGACCAGAUUUUGAUUGGGAACAAACCAGAGGGCAACCUAUGAAUUCUGAUGCCAAAGAAUUUUUUAAGUUGUUAGAGGAGGGAAGCGAGCCAUUAUGGCAUGGUUGUACCAAGCACACUAAAUUGUCUGCAGUGGCAACAUUACUUAACAUCAAAGCUGAUCACAACAUGAGCCAUGAAUGUUUUGAGUCUCUUUUAAAAGCCAUCAAGAGUAUGUUGCCUGAAGUUGAGAAAUUACCUGAUAACUAUUACUAUUGUAAGAAAAUGGUGAAGAAAUUGGGUCUUGGAUACCAAAAAAUUGAUGCAUGUCCCAACGAUUGCAUGUUGUUUUAUAAGGAAGAUGAGAAUAUGACAAAAUGCACAGUUUGCGGUCAUGAUCGGUUCAAACCCAAAAAAGAUGGUGUAACUACAAAAAAAUCUUCAAUACCAUUCAAGAUUCUGAGGUAUUUUCCAAUAACAGAUCGGUUAAAAAGGUUGUACAUGUCUUCGAGAACAGCCGAACAUAUGAGGUGGCAUGCGAGAUCUCCAUCUAAUGAUGGAGAACUUAAUCAUCCUGUGGAUGGCCAGGCUUGGAAAGAUUUCGACAAAGCACAUCCACAAUUUGCAUCAGAAACCAGAAAUGUGAGGCUUGGGUUGUCCACUGAUGGUUUCAACCCAUUUGGCCACUCAGCUGUGCCGUACUCCUGUUGGCCCGUGAUUGUUACUCCAUAUAACCUCCCUCCUUGGAUGUGUAUGAAACAACCAUACUUGUUUCUUUCGCUCAUGAUUCCCGGGCCUAAUAGUCCUGGAAAGAAUUUAGAUGUUUACCUAAGGCCUCUUAUAGACGAGUUGAAGGUAUUAUGGAGAGAUGGAGUACAAACUUGGGAUGUCUCAACAAAAUCUAAUUUCAACCUUAAGGCAGCUCUUAUGUGGACUAUAAGCGACUUCCCAGCUUAUGGUAUGUUAUCUGGUUGGAGCACACAUGGAAAGCUGGCAUGUCCAUAUUGCAUGGAGCAUACCAAGUCUUUCAAUCUACAAAAAGGUAGAAAGCCUUGCUGGUUUGACUGUCAUCGUCGAUUUUUGCCAGCAGAUCACCCAUUUCGAAGAAAUAGAGAACACUUCAGGAAAGGGAAAGUUGAAAAUGAUAAUCCUUUACCGCGACUAUCGGGAACGGAGGUGCGAGCCCGUGUGAUGAGACUUCCGGUCGUACCAUUUGGCAAGAAUGAUAAGAAAAUCAAUGGAUUUGGUGAGUCUCAUAACUGGGUUCGAACAAGUAUCUUUUGGGAAUUACCUUAUUGGUCUACAAAUCUGAUUCGUCAUAAUCUGGAUGUUAUGCAUGUUGAGAAGAAUGUGUUCGACAACGUGUUUAACACGGUGAUGAAUGUUAAAGGAAAGACAAAAGACAAUGAUAAGGCCCGCUUGGACCUGAAAGAUAUUUGUAAGCGCCCUACAUUAGAAAUUCAUGAAUCUGUUAAUGGUAAGACAGUCAAACCGCAUGCAAGGUACACAUUGACCAAAAAGCAAGUUGAAGAGGUUUGCACAUGGAUCAAGUCCCUGAAAUUGCCUGAUGGAUAUGCGUCAAACAUUUCAAGGUGUGUUUCAGAUAAGACACCAAACGGGAAGUUGAAAGGCAUGAAGAGUCACGAUUGUCAUGUGUUUUUGGAAAGACUCUUGCCUAUAGCCUUUCGAGAUUUACUUUAUAAACCAAUAUGGGAUGCUGUGACGGAACUUAGUCGUUUUUUUAAUGACUUAUGUUCAAAAACAUUAAAUGAGAAGGACAUGAAUAUACUUGAGAAGAAUAUCAUAGAGGUCACGUGUAAACUAGAAAAAAUCUUUCCACCAGGAUUUUUUGACUCUAUGGAGCAUUUGACAAUACAUCUUCCUUAUGAAGCUCGUGUUGGGGGUCCGGUUCAAUAUAGAUGGAUGUACCCUUUCGAGAGGUUGAUGGGAAUGCUUAAGAGGGCCGUGAAGAAUAGAGCUUGUGUCGAGGGUUCGAUAUGUGAGGCAUACAGUUUUAAUGAGAUAUCUACUUUUGUCGCAGACUAUUUUCCAGAUGAAGUCUUGACAAAGGCUAAUCGAGUCUCAAGACAUGAUGAUGGGGGAAAUAUCGAGCUAAAUGGCCGACUUUCUAUAUUUGGUUUAUCGGGACGUGCUUAUGGAAAAGGGAGGCGUAUAUUUCUUUCUGAGAAUGAUUUGCUUGCUGCACAUACUUAUAUUCUUCUCAAUUGCGAUGAGAUUGAUGAAUAUGUGAGAUUAUAUGAUGCCGAGUUAAAAGUGAAGCAUCCCAACAUAUCUGAUAAAGAUAUUCAAGUCAAUCGUUAUAAUGGAUUUUCACUGUGGAUAAAGGAUAAAGCUUUGAGUGAGGGAUCAAUGAUUCCAGCUAAUGUCCAAGCCUUAGCUAUGGGACCGGACAUGGACCAAGUCAGCUAUAAUGGUUACAAAGUUAAUGGUUAUGACUUUCAUACAAAGACAUAUGGAAGCGGUAAAAGAACUAUGAAUUCAGGAGUGUGCGUCCAGGGAGAUAGGUACGAUGAGCUAAAUAAAUCUUUUUAUGGCGAGUUAGAGGAAAUUGUAGAGUUGUCAUACAAGGGUACAUACGGGGGUUAUAUUAACCUGUUCAAAUGUCGCUGGUUCGAUUCAGAUAAAGGGAUACGAGUUGACAGACAUAGAAUUGUUGAUAUUGAUAUUAACAGGUCUGCAUACUCCAACGAGCCAUUUGUAUUACCAAAUCAAACUGUGCAAGUAUAUUACACCUCUGGUCCUGGUAGAAAAAGGGAUAGGCCUCCUUCAAAUUGGCAAACUAUAAUUCAUACUCCUGCACGCAGACGUGAAGAGGUAGUUAGUGGGGAGUUUUACCAAGAACAAAUGCUUCACAGACCAACCAUAGUAAAUGUGGACGAGAAUGAGGUAAUCGAGUUAGAUGGUGGAGAUGAACCUCAUGAAAUAGAUCCUGAGUUAAUACUUGUGCCAAAUGACACGGAUACAGAAGAAGAAGAGUUACUGACUGAUUAUGACUCCGAGUCCGAGUCUGAAGCAGAUGAUGGUUAUGAAUCAAUUGGGGAUGAAUCUGAUCACUCAGACUACGACACUUAA